CGCGCGCCCGUCAUGCCUCUCUCCAUCCGCCGCUCGCGCUCGGAAGAUGAAAGAACAACACCGUCUUUUUCCCUCUUCUCAAUGAGCUUAUCCGCUUCGACCGCUUUUUUGAACAGGAGAAACUACUAAAUACAUGUUUCCCCUCCGAACGAGUCGACUAAUUCACGUUUUUCUCCUUUGAAUGAGGCGAAUAAUAAAAAAACAGGGGGAGCAACAAGAAGAGGAGUAACUACCUACAGCUGAUGUGAGGUGUAAGGGCUCACCCCCUUUAUUUUGUAGGUCACCCCAACUUGGUGCUGUCGACACUCUUCGUCGGGGAGGAUUUAAAUCCGGGAAAGACACUUUGAAGGAGUUCAGCUGGCGUGACGAGACGACCGCCUUUCACUCCGUGGGAAACAAAAAGAGCCGCUAGAAGCUUGAAAAAGAGCUUCACGCCUGUAAGAGAACUGGCUCACCUCUGCCAUCCUUCUCCUCUUACAUCCCCCUGUGUCGCACCAMAACCACGUGCGUUCCCUGCUCUAUUCAACCCAUGGAGUGUGCACGCCCACCCAGAUAGGAUGCCUGCCUCGCUCGACGCCCUGCGUCCCCUCCUGCCCGUCACCACCACCACCUCCUUCUCCUUACGUGUGCCUGCUCUCUCCAACGCUUCCUUGUGGCACUACAGACUGUGCCCUGCCCCGCGACAACAUGGUGGAUGAGGUAACCACCAUGAAGGAUGAUGUCAUCAAYGCCAACACGCUGGCUUGGCUGGUCUGCUCGGGCGUAUCCAUUCUGGCCAACACCUGGAGCAUCCUCAGCGUCAGUGCGAAGCAGAAAAAGUGGAAGCCACUGGAGUUYCUCAUCUGCACUCUGGCGGGGACACACAUCCUCAACAUGGCCAUCCCCAUCACCAUGUACUGUGUCAUAACGCUGCGGCGCCAGCACUCCAACUACGAAUGGAAUGAGGGUCUGUGCAAGGUGUUUGUGUCCACUUUCUACACACUAACACUGGUCACCUGCUUCUCMGUCACCUCGCUCUCUUAUCACCGCAUGUGGAUGGUACGCUGGCCUGUAAACUACAGGCUGAGCAACACCAAGAAGCAGGCAGUGCACACUGUGAUGGGCAUCUGGAUGGUGUCCUUCAUCCUGUCCACACUCCCAGCAGUGGGCUGGCACGACACCAUCGACCGUUUCUACACCUCCGACUGCAGAUUCAUUGUGACAGAGAUCGGCUUGGGCUUCGGCGUGUGCUUUCUGCUGCUGAUYGGUGGCAGUGUGGCCAUGGGUGUUAUCUGCAUCGGCAUCGCUCUCUUCCAGACCUUCUCCAUCCAGACGGGCCACAAGACUGACAAGAACAAGUUCAAUGUUCCCACCAUCGUGGUGGAGGAUGCACAGGGGAAGCGCAGAUCGUCCAUCGACGGAUCAGAGCCUCUCAAGACGUCGCUGCAGAUCACUUAUCUGAUCAGUGGCAUUGUCUUCAUCUAUGACUUCCUGACUGGCUUUCCCAUUCUGGUGGUGAGCUUUGCCAGUCUGAAGUUUGACCGCUCCUACAAUUGGAUGGUGUUGUGUGUGCUGUGGUGCUCUAUCGCUCAGUCCAUCCUGCUCCCCAUGUUCCUCUGGGCCUGCGAUCGCUACCGGGCCGACAUCCGCAUGGUUUGGGAGAAGUGUGUCGCCAUCAUGUCCAACGACGAGCUGGACGAUGAAAACAGCCAAGAUGGAGGAAUUCAUGCUGACUUAAUAUAUGACAGACCAUUUGACUAUAGCUCGGCGCCUGAAAUCGUGACCAUAGACCGUAAUGCCAAGUAUGAGUUCUCAACCUUAGAAAGGGGGGUUCUGCAAGGGUAUCCAUUGAGGGAACAUCAGGAAGAUAAAAUGCAGUAUUUGCAGGUGCCCCCUACAAGAAGAUACUCCCACGACGAAACAGACAUGUGGACCAGCGACCGGAUCCCCUCAUACCUGCAGCGAUGGGGCUCCACCGAGGACGUGAUAGUGAGUGCCCAUUACAGCUCCACCUUGCCGCGCCGCGAGAGGCGCAGGAGCAGCCUGGUCUCCUACCACGAGGAGAGCCACUCUCACCAUCACCCUCACCGCAAGCGGCGGCGAUCUGAGGACAGCAUGCACCCGCUCAGGCACCUGCCCCGCGUGGUCUGCGGCGGGGAGCGCUACGAGGACGAACUGCUGUGUUUCAGCCGGGACGAGGUCAUCAACUUUAUAGACGAGACGCCGGUGCCGAGCCCUAGGAAGAGCCCACGGCGCGUAUCCGCCAUAUCCCUCCUCCCCAAUGUGUACGAACAGCACGCGGCCACGCUUCCUCACUUCCCACUCACGGACUUCGAGCGCGAGCCUCAGGCUCUCCGGCGAUCCUCAGAACACAGAAGGAGCAGCAGCAGCAGGGGCGGCUCGCCCGAAGGUUCACCUAAACCGGACAGAUCUCCCGGAAAAACGGGCCACGUGGCUUGUGGCUCCGGGAAAGGCUGCAGAGAACGCCUGCGAGAUGGGAAGCAGCUCGGCGAGAUGGGCUCACCUGGGUGCAGUCAGCAGGCUACAGGACGCUCCGGCAGCAGAGCCAGAACAGGUCGGGGCCCUGGCUCUAAUGCAGGAGCUGACUGGGGACACCAAAAACAUCUCAGUAAAGCUGAGAGUAAAAGCAGCACAAACAGUUUUGUAAGCUCUCCCUCAGCAUCGUCUUCAGGGUACAUCACCUUUCACUCUGACUCUGUAGGCUCCACCACCUGAAGCACCUCUUGUUUUAAAUAAAAAAAAACAUUCUUACUGAAACUUUCAUCACAAAGAAAACCUCCAUCACAUCAGUGGUUUAAGAAAAACAACAUGCUGGAAUAUUUCAACCGCCUUUUUUUGUCACUAUUAAGUUUUACUAGCAACCAUAAAAAAUCUGUCAUUGCUAAAUGGCCUUAGGAGCUUUGGACCUAUUAAAUGAACACGUUGAGGCUGGUGACAUUAUUAAUGGCUCAAACUAUCCAGUGUUCACCUCACAGAUAACCCACAGAAGACAACCUUUUCUGGCACUGACACAGAGAAACUCUUUUUAAAUGGUGUGAGCGUUCCUUGACUCUCUUUCUUAUGAAAAAGUAAAGUAUUUUGCAGAUGUAUUAGUGAGGAAGGGGCGGCACAGCAGAGCAAUGGUCGCCUCCUGGAUCUGCGUAGAGUUUGCAUGUUCUCCCUGUGUGUGCCUGGGUUUUUCCUCUGGGUUCUCCAGUUCCCUCUUACAAACCAAAAACAUGCACGUCAGGUUAAUUGGUAACUCUAAAUUGUCCCCAGGUGUGAGUGGGAGUGUGAAUGGUGGUUUGGCCGUGUGGUGGAUGUCCAGGCUAUGCCCCGCCUCCCGCACAGUGACUGCUGGAGWUGGGCACCAACUCCACCUGUCCUGGAAAGGAGAAGCGGGUAAAACGGAUGGAUGGAUUAGAUAAAAUCUUUUAUUACUAAUUAAUAUUUUGCUUUCACUUCAAACUUGAACUUAAGUUGUGUUUUAUUUGACCUGUAAUGAUUGUGUGUUUUGUUUUGUUGUGUGCUUUGAACACAUGCUUUCCUGAAUAUUGCACAUUUUCCUCAAGCUUGGCAUCUUGGACACCUUUUUUUUAUGUUUGUUUGUUUUUAUUUUAGAUUAUAAGCUACAACUUUUCUAUCAAUGUAGCUCAAAAACACGAAAAAAUGUUUUCUAAAGCACGAUAUCUGGAAGUGAAAUGAGUGUUAACCCUGAACUAUGAAACGCCCAAUAAGUCUUGUGUGACAUAUUGAAAUAUAAAGUGAAGACCCCCUUAUCCUUUUUGAAAAUGUGAGGUCAUUUUAUAAAAAAAAACAAGAGUUGUUUUGUAUAUAAUGAAGGUUAUUGGAUAUUGUUUUUACUAUUUUAUUUUCUUAAAUGAAACGUUUGCUUAUAUCACCUCCUAAAUAUCUUCCUCCUGUUUUGACUUUGGUAAUCAUCAAAUUUCAUACAGCUCAUAAGACCAAUAUGCAAAUGAUGCUUCAUAUUCAUCUCCUUUUGUUUAUUAUGUAACUUUCACUGCAUCAGAAAUAUUAUUUGUAGCUGCCAGUUUAAAGGGAAGAUUAACAAAAUUUUAACUGUAGCCAAUGAACUGUGAAAAAUAUGUAGCUUCACUGAUUUUCUGUUAGACUUUAAAAAAGGAAAUGAAAUAAAAUAAAAGCACUUUUAGAAUCAAUAAAUUGAACUGAAAUGAAAAAAAUAAUGCACUUAAUUUAUCAUAAGUGUACUUGCUUGAGCAAAAAGGGAGCUCUGUUUCACAUUUUCUCCAGACGUGCACAACUUUGUCAUCGGACCUGUGUGGGUUUGUGAGUGUGACUUUUCCAUUUUUAAUCACAAAUUAUUAAAAAUUCUAGAAACAUAAUGGUAAAAUGAAACACCACAAUUUAAAACAUUUGCAGAUAACAUGCACAUCUCACUGUAACAGAGUGUAAAAAUUAACAGUUAAUUUAUUUGGUGAUAUUUCCGCCCUAAGAAAAUACGUUUGGGUUGGAUUUAAUUCAUUAAAGAACUUCUCAUUUCUACUAAAGUGAUCAUUUGCAAACUUWAAGGAAUGGAAAUAUCAAAAGUUGACAGAAAAAGCUAGAGCUUUUUCCUCUCAUGGACAUAAACUAUAAGGUGAAUGCAUUGUACUUUUAAAAUAAGUUCAAAUUUGAGGAUAAAAUAAAAAAUAUCCCUAAUUACUGCCUUAUUUUCUUUUCCAUCAAGAAACAAGUUUGCUCUGCUUUUAGCCAUCUGAUCCUUGUUUUAUUUCAAGGUAUUUGUGUACAUUUUAAAGCUCUGCAAUUGAAUAAACUCAAAUCUGCCUUUUUUUUUUAGAAAGCAUCAGAUCACACCAACCUGUUGAACUUUGACAUAUACUUUUUUCAUUUUGUUGUGUUUACAAUAUUAAACUUUUUUUGUAACAUAUUCAAAAGCUGAAAUAUGAAUGAUGUUAAAUGUUCUGAUUUUAUUGUUGAGUUGAGGACAUUGUCAUAAAGAUUGAUUAAAUUCACAAGAUGCUUA